AUGGAAGCUCCAAAACCAGAAGAGAUAAGCAGCCAUCCAGCAAUGGACCAACUCCAAGGCUUAGAGUACUGCAUUGACUCAAAUCCCUCUUGGGCGGAAGCAAUUGCUUUGGGGUUCCAGCACUACAUUUUGGCCUUGGGAACUGCUGUGAUGAUCCCCACAUUCCUUGUUCCUUUCAUGGGUGGUGAUGAUGGUGACAAAGUGAGAGUAGUGCAGACUCUCCUUUUUAUUCAAGGAAUCAACACACUUCUACAAACAUUGUUUGGAACCCGAUUGCCAACCGUGAUUGGAGGGUCUUACGCAUUCAUGGUCCCGAUAAUAUCCAUAAUUCAUGAUUCACGCUUGAUGAAGGUUGAGGACAAUCAUGCGAGAUUCCUUGACACCAUGAGAGCAGUCCAAGGGGCUCUGAUAGUAGCUUCAAGCAUACAAAUUAUUCUGGGAUAUAGUCAAAUUUGGGCCAUUUGUUCCAGGUUCUUCAGCCCGCUCGGAAUGGUUCCAGUUAUUUCCUUGGUGGGUUUUGGUCUGUUUGAUAGAGGCUUCCCCCUGGUUGGAAAGUGUGUGGAAAUUGGCAUUCCCAUGCUUAUCCUUUUUGUAGCUUUCUCUCAGUACCUAAAGAACUUCCAUGCAAGACAGCUACCAGUAUUAGAACGAUUUGCUCUUCUUAUAUCAAUCACAGUGAUAUGGGCAUAUGCACACCUCUUGACCGCCAGUGGUGCAUACAAACACCGGCCAGACAUAACCCAAGUCAAUUGCCGAACUGAUAGGGCCAACCUCAUUUCUUCUGCUCCAUGGAUAAAAAUACCUUAUCCUCUUCAAUGGGGUGCCCCAACCUUUGAUGUUGGUCAUGCUUUUGGAAUGAUGGCUGCCGUUCUUGUUUCAUUGAUCGAGUCAACUGGAGCAUACAAGGCUGCAUCGCGUCUAGCAAGUGCCACAAUACCUCCAGCUCAUGUUCUCAGCCGUGGAAUUGGCUGGCAGGGAAUAGGAAUCCUACUAAAUGGACUCUUUGGGACGUUGUCAGGCUCAACAGUCUCUAUAGAAAAUGUGGGGCUUCUUGGGAGCACUCGUGUUGGAAGCCGUAGGGUCAUUCAAAUCUCGGCCGGUUUUAUGAUAUUCUUCUCCAUGUUAGGUAAAUUUGGUGCUCUGUUCGCAUCAAUACCCUUCACCUUAUUUGCUGCUGCAUAUUGUGUAUUGUUUGGUCUUGUUGCUUCGGUGGGGUUAUCCUUUUUGCAAUUCACAAACAUGAACUCGACGAGGAACCUCUUUAUUGUUGGUGUAGCUUUCUUCUUGGGUUUGUCUGUUCCCGAGUACUUCAGGGGUUACACUUUGAAGGCUUUCCAUGGUCCUGCUCAUACCAAUGCCGGAUGGUUCAACGAUUUUCUGAAUACCAUCUUCUCCUCAUCUCCAACUGUGGCAUUGAUUGUUGCCGUUUUCCUGGAUAACACACUUGAGUACAAGGACAGUGCAAGAGACAGAGGAAUGCCGUGGUGGGUCAAAUUUCGGCAAUUCAAAGGGGACAGCCGCAACGAGGAGUUUUACACUCUCCCCUUCAACCUUAACCGGUUCUUCCCUCCAUCUUAA